AUGAACCGCAGAGAGGGAAAGCGCGCAGCACUCGCUGAGGAAAACAAGUCGAAGGAACUUACCGAUGCGUAAUCUUCAGAGGAGCGAAUAUCUAGACAUAAAGCCAUCGGUAUUCAUGGAUCCCCGCCGAGUCUGCCUCAAGGAUUACCUUAAUGUACUCAUAUAACGGUCAAAAAAUGGAUCUGAAUAAACGACAGGUGCCUUUUAGUGCUGCUGUUGCUGCUGCAGGACGCACUCACCGCGCUGGCUGCUGCUGCUGCUGCUGCGGCACCACGACGAGGUGGAGGAGGAGGAGGAGGAGGAGGAGGAGGAGUGUGCCAGUUCCUCCGGGAUUCACACCUCGUCAGACACAAAAGGCAGCAAAGUGAGACAACAGUUUAGUCUGCGAGUGAAGCUGGAGGAGACGAGUCUAAAAACAAGAUGUCAAGUUGAAAGAGAAAAAAUCAUCCGGCAAAGUCUCCGCGUCGCAUGCGUGGGAAUUUGUUGCAGAGAGGAAACUAUUCUGAAAACACGCUGA